UCCUAACAUUAGAGAGUUCAAAAUGUCACAUGAAUGCGCAUUACAUAAUGAAAAUUUCCAGAUUUCAUGUCAAGCACCAUGCUUUCAUCAAUUUUGUGGGACGUGCCGAAUGUACGACUGGCUUUGGCGAGGCUUUCACCGAUGUCAUUGUCCGAUAUGCGAUGAACCGAUAAAUCUUUUGAUUCCAACAUUAGAUAUAAAUUCUCGCCAUAACCCGGAAGUUCUGUCGAAAAUAAAUGCGUAUAACCAUAUGUUUGGUCUUACAUCUAAUAUUCCCUUUUGUUUUCUUUAUCUUUUCCUUAUUAGGGAUGUUCUUACCAAUAAAGUAUCUCCUACGACUUUUUUCAAUGCUCGUUUCUUCAUUAGUAUAAUAAUGUUAUAUGCAUACUACAUGUACUUCCCUUGGAGAGAGAUAUUUGGAACAAGAAUACUUUCUCCUCUAGUCGGGCUAUUCUGGAUGCCACAUACAGUUUCCGUCUAUAAAUCGAAACUUUGCAACCGUUAUAGGAGUAAUUUUAGAGAGUAAGAAAAUUAUAACAAAAGAUGGUGAAAGUAGAGCUUAUUAGAUGUGAAUAUUCAAAUGUAAUGGUCCUUAACAAAGAUGUCUUAUCUUGCUCAUGCACUGUUGUUUUAC